UUUCCAUGGUAACUUUGUUGCUAGCGUGACCCGUGAGCUACUAUGGGUAACUGUCAUUGUAUAUAAAACCGUACUUUUUUGCUUUAUGACUUUGAACUUCAUUUUAAGUUGAAUUAUUGCAAUUGGUAGUUUUUGAUCUUGUUUUCUGCAGUCUGGAGGUCGGAACAUGUUUGGAUCUCCAGUGGACUUUUCAUUUCGGGAGCUUAAUACAGUAUCCGAUAUGCUCUCUGAUGAACCCAAUCCAGGCGCUCGUCCGCUAAAGCGUGACUCAGAGCAGAAGAUCCUCAGCACAACACUCAGACUCAACAACAACUUCCUCUCAGACCUGACAGGACUGAUGGACACGCUCUCCGCUCUUUACGCUGAGCCCACUCGUCUGGCCUGGCUCGACCUCUCCUUCAAUGAGUUUCAACACAUCCACCCAGUUCUCACUCAACUUAAAGAGCUACGCUUGUUGUAUCUGCAUGGAAACCGUGUUUGUAAGUUGUCAGAAGUGGAUAAACUUGCUGCGUUGCCGUUUCUCCACACCAUCACUCUGCACGGCAAUCCCAUAGUGACCGAGCGUGACUACAGGGCGCAUUUGAUCGGCACGCUUCCUCAUGUGAAGAUGAUUGAUUUCAGCGCCGUGACCAAACAGGAACGGGAGCUGACUUCAGUUUGGCAGAGGAGCAGAAACCCACUCAAAACCAUGAGUCACAGCAAAGUGGACUGAACCUUCUCCACCCGACAUCCUGAUGUGUCUAAUAAACAUGAAUGUGGAGAUACAGCUAUGGUUCGAUUACUACAGAGAGGCUAACUCUAAAUCUAGUAGAAAAAUAGUAGUAGAGCAUGAGUUGCUUUGGUCAGUGUUUUUUUUUCAUUAUUGUUGAUAAAGCCACAUGAAGUGGUGAAACAUCUUAAGCAACAACAAAAAAAAAAAACAUCAAGACUAGAAAAUCUUUAAAGGCAUGGCACAACAUUUCUUUGAGAACUGCACUUAGCAAAUUCAAGAAUGGAUUAACAAAGUUUUCUCAUUGCACUCACCACCAAUGUAUAUCUGCUACACACAUUUACUAAGACAAAAUAAAAAAUAGAAUUUUGAAAGUC